UUCAUCUUCAACAUCAAAUUACUAACAGAAAAAUAAAAACAACAAUUAUUCAUAAUCAAUCAUAUAUGGCUAUUUCUGCUGCAGUAGUCUUCAGUUCAAUACUCAUCUUCUCUGCAUUUUCCCUAGGAAAUGCAUUAAGCUUGAAUCACUAUGUUAAGGCGUGUCCUGAAGUUGAGAAUAUCAUCAAAAAUGCAGUUACAGAAGGAUUCCAUAAAGAUAAAACAGUCCCAGCUGCUUUGCUUCGCUUGCAUUUCCAUGACUGUUUCAUAAGGGGAUGUGAUGCUUCUGUUCUGCUAGACAAAGAUGAGAACAACAAAGUAGAGAAAUCUGGACCACCAAAUCUUUCACUGCAUGCAUUUUUUGUUAUUGACAAUGCAAAGAAGGCGGUUGAAGCUGCCUGUCCCGGAGUUGUCUCGUGUGCUGACAUAUUGGCUUUGGCUGCAAGGGAUGCAGUAGUUGCUGCUGGUGGACCAAAUUGGGAUGUGCCCAAAGGAAGGAAGGAUGGAAGAACAUCACUUGCUAGUGACACAUUACAGCUUCCAGCACCCACUUUCAACCUAUCCCAACUCCAACAAAGUUUUGCACGGAGAGGCCUUAACCUCGGAGAUUUGGUGGCACUUUCGGGUGGACACAGUCUAGGGUUCUCACACUGCUCAUCGUUCCAAAACCGAUUGCACAACUUCGAUGCAGCUCACAACAUUGAUCCCUCAAUCAAUCCUUCAUUUGCUGCAAAUUUGAACAAAGUUUGUCCAGCACAUAACAAAGUGAAGAACGCGGGUUCAAACAUGGAUCCAUCCCCAACAUUGUUUGACAAUACAUACUACAAACUAAUUCUUCAAGGAAAGAGCCUGUUUUCUUCGGACCAAGCUUUGUUUACAGCUCCAAGUACUAAACAUCUGGUCUACAAAUAUGCUGGUUCCAAGGAAGCUUUCUACAAAGCAUUCGUCAAGUCUAUGAUUAAAAUGAGCAGCAUUACAGGAGGACAAGAGAUUCGAAAGCAUUGUCGAAAGGUCAAUUCAUAAGGGUUUGUUUCUAAGUUAAAUGCUGAACAGUAAAAAAAAUAAUAUAUAAAGGCAAUCAAGCACAAUGCAUUGCUAUUAUUUCAUUAAAACCAACAUUUUUGCUUCCAGUUCUAGAGUGCUGUUUAUAGCUGAUAGCUAUGUUGUGAGUUUUUUUGACAUGUAUAAAUUCCUUUUUAACUCCUGAGUAAAAAAUAUCAGCAGGAGUAAAAACAAACCAACUUAUAGAAAAAAAUAUUGAAAAAUUCUAGAGGCAGUUGUGAUGUUAAUUGUAUUGUGAAGUUGAGUAAGUUGCCAGUGUUCCAGAUGUCAGAAGCUUUCCUACAGUAAAUAAUUCUACCAUAACUAUA